AUGCUGAAGGAACUCACUAAGGCGUCUUCGGGUGUUGGUUUUGGCGGUAUCUCGGUUGACCCUGUCAUCACAGCUAGUGGCGUUGGUGAGGUUGAGUAUGGUCAUGAAACGGUGGAGGUGGUGAGGCGGUUCGCCAACAGAAUGUUGAUGUCUGACCACUCGCUCGCUGAAAGCGGCAUUGAUAAAUGUACUUGCAUAUGUUGGUCGGGGAAUGGUUUGGUCCUUGCGGGAGGGUUGGGCUUGCGUGAGCAGCGUGGUGGAUGGGGUGCUGGAAAGGAUACACAUCAUAUCGUGGUCUGGCGGCUUUUCCGACAUGAUGAUAACUCUAAAGGAGCGUUGAUGCCCUCGAGGGAGUUGGAAAUCUUUGGAAGUGUUUUCCGGACGGUGGCUGAUCGGAAGUAUGGCCUUGGGGAAGGAGUUUACACCCUCCAGUGGUUGCCUCGAUCCCUUGAUGGUCACAUGGUAUCGGACUUGGACCUGCUUCUCUGUGCAUCGAGUACUGACGGCAAAUGCCUCGUGUGGGACCCAUGGGCACGAGGCGGGGGGCAUGGCCAUCCGGUCCCUGUAACGGGGUUCGUCAUACCUCGGAAGAAGGCUAAUAGGUGGAUGGACCGCGAUAGCAUGCUGGAAGGUUGCCGCAGUAUGGCGGCUCCUAUCGCUGAUGAUGCUGCUCUUACGCAUUGUAUUGUUGGUGGAGAGGCUGGUAGUGUGGCCAGGAUUCCUCUGAGGCUGAAUGACUUAUUCACGAGAGAGCAAAUGCAUGUUAGCUCACAAUAUACUUGGAAGAGUGACGCCAUGGGUGUAUUGAGGGGGGUACCGGAGGAAGGCCGACAGAAGUUGGUCAUGCAUGUCGAGGCUUACUGUGCCCUGCAGGGCAUUAGCCAGGUCACAUCGGAGAUCAUUUACGGGUCGGUGGCUGGCUUGGUCGGGACCGCAGUACUGACAAUAUGGCCUUCCAUGGGAGCUUCAGGGGAGGGUACUCCUUCCGUUACCUCGAUCAGUUGGUCCUGUAGCCGUCCGGCUGUGCUCGGGGUGGCCCUCGUUACUGAGCGAGGAGGGGCCGGCGGUGUGGUCUUUUAUGACCUCUCGAGGCCUGGUCCAUGCGUGCCGGUAGUGGCUCUUGAGAUGGAGGGAGGCUGUGUGGCUUUAUCCAGCAAUCCGACCCAGAGGCAGCUGUGGACGGCUGUGAAUGGUAAGGGCGAGGCGCAAAUGCUCAGGGUUGGACACGGACUCCUCCCCGGCAUCGACUUUGUGGCUUUCAAGCACCAGCGUUUCCUUUGGUGUGUUGACGCUCCUACUCGUGCUAAGUCUUGGGUCAGUCUUAAGAGCAGGGAAACAGCAGGGGUUGGUAUACUCGGUGGUUGA